AUGGCAGCGAGGGCGGCUGCGGUGUCGGCGGUGGCGGCGGCGGUGCUGCUUAUUGCGGCUGUGGUGUCGCCGGCGGCGGCAGCGGCGGGAGGAGGUGGAGGGGACGGGGACGGGGACGGGGACGGGCAGGCGCUGAUGGCGGUCAAGGCGGGGUUCGGGAACGCGGCCAACGCGCUGGCGGACUGGGACGGCGGCCGCGACCACUGCGCCUGGCGCGGCGUCGCCUGCGACGCCGCCUCCUUCGCCGUCCUCGGCCUGAACCUGUCAAAUCUAAACCUUGGAGGGGAGAUCUCGCCGGCUAUAGGGCAGCUCAAGAGCCUACAGUUCGUGGAUCUCAAGCUGAACAAGCUCACAGGCCAAAUCCCAGAUGAGAUUGGGGAUUGUGUCUCCUUAAAAUAUCUGGAUUUGUCUGGAAACUUGCUGUAUGGAGACAUCCCAUUCUCCAUCUCCAAGCUCAAGCAGCUUGAGGACCUGAUUUUGAAGAACAACCAACUCACGGGACCCAUCCCUUCCACAUUGUCCCAGAUUCCAAAUCUCAAGACCUUGGAUCUGGCGCAGAACAUGCUUACCGGCGACAUCCCCAGACUCAUCUACUGGAAUGAAGUACUGCAAUACCUAGGCUUGAGGGGUAACUCACUGACUGGAACUUUGUCACCUGAUAUGUGCCAACUGACUGGCCUGUGGUACUUUGAUGUAAGGGGGAACAAUCUCACAGGAACAAUUCCAGAGGGUAUAGGGAACUGCACUAGCUUUGAGAUUCUGGAUAUUUCAUACAACCAAAUCUCUGGAGAAAUACCUUACAACAUAGGUUACCUUCAAGUAGCCACACUGUCACUUCAAGGAAAUAGACUGAUUGGCAAAAUUCCAGAAGUGAUUGGCCUCAUGCAGGCUCUUGCUGUCCUAGACCUUAGUGAGAAUGAAUUGGUGGGGCCGAUUCCUCCGAUACUUGGCAACCUGUCCUACACAGGCAAACUCUAUUUACAUGGAAACAAACUCACUGGAAAUAUACCAGCAGAACUGGGGAACAUGAGUAAACUUAGCUACCUGCAGCUGAAUGACAAUGAACUAGUGGGCACAAUCCCAGCUGAGCUUGGCAAACUCACAGAGUUAUUUGAAUUGAAUCUUGCCAACAACAAUCUUGAGGGUCAUAUUCCUGGAAACAUCAGCUCCUGCAGUGCACUGAAUAAAUUCAAUGUGUAUGGCAAUAGACUGAAUGGCUCUAUCCCUGCUGGUUUCCAGAAGUUGGAGAGUUUGACAUACCUGAACCUUUCUUCAAACAAUUUCAAAGGCCAGAUUCCCUCUGAGCUUGGUCACAUUGUCAACUUGGACACACUAGAUCUUUCCUACAAUGAAUUCUCUGGACCAGUUCCUCCUGCUAUUGGUGAUCUCGAGCAUCUUCUUGAAUUGAAUUUGAGUAAAAACCAUCUUACUGGAUCUGUGCCUGCUGAAUUCGGAAACUUGAGAAGUGUCCAAGUAAUUGACAUCUCCAGCAACAACUUGUCUGGUUAUCUCCCUGAAGAACUUGGACAGCUGCAAAACCUUGAUAGCUUGAUUCUUAACAACAACAAUUUGGUUGGGGAGAUCCCUGCUCAGCUGGCUAACUGCUUCAGCUUAAUCACCUUAAAUUUAUCAUACAACAACUUUACUGGACAUGUCCCAUCAGCAAAAAACUUCUCAAAGUUCCCAAUGGAAAGCUUCGUGGGUAAUCCGAUGCUCCAUGUGUACUGCAAAGACUCCAGCUGUGGACAUUCUCAUGGAACAAAAGUUAAUAUUUCUCGGACGGCAGUUGCUUGCAUUAUCUUAGGCUUCAUCAUAUUACUCUGCAUUAUGCUGCUGGCAAUAUACAAAACCAAUCAGCCACAUCCACCUGAGAAAGGAUCUGACAAGCCAGUGCAAGGACCACCAAAGCUAGUAGUUCUUCAAAUGGACAUGGCUACCCAUACCUAUGAAGAAAUUAUGAGGUUGACUGAGAAUUUGAGCGAGAAAUACAUCAUUGGUUAUGGGGCAUCAAGUACUGUGUACAGAUGUGAUCUCAAGAGCGGCAAGGCCAUCGCUGUCAAACGGCUUUACAGUCAGUAUAACCACAGCCUCCGUGAGUUUGAGACAGAACUGGAGACGAUCGGUAGCAUCCGACACAGGAAUCUCGUCAGCCUUCAUGGCUUCUCACUCUCCCCUCAUGGAAAUCUGCUUUUCUACGAUUACAUGGAAAAUGGUUCCCUGUGGGAUCUUCUUCAUGGUCCAUCAAAGAAGGUGAAGCUUGAUUGGGACACAAGGCUGAAGAUUGCGGUGGGUGCUGCUCAAGGACUGGCCUAUCUUCACCAUGAUUGCAACCCUCGCAUAAUCCACAGGGAUGUCAAGUCUUCAAACAUCCUGCUCAACGAGAACUUUGAAGCGCACCUCUCUGAUUUCGGCAUCGCCAAAUGUGUCCCGGCUGCCAAGUCCCAUGCCUCCACCUACGUGCUAGGAACCAUUGGGUACAUCGAUCCAGAGUAUGCUCGCACGUCGAGGCUCAAUGAGAAAUCAGAUGUCUACAGCUUCGGCAUCGUCCUUCUGGAGCUGCUCACCGGGAAGAAGGCCGUAGACAAUGAAUCCAACUUGCACCAAUUGAUACUCUCAAAAGCUGACGACAACACGGUGAUGGAGGCUGUGGACUCGGAGGUGUCAGUGACGUGCACGGACAUGAACCUGGUCCGGAAGGCCUUCCAGCUGGCCCUGCUGUGCACCAAGCGGCACCCCGUGGACCGGCCGACCAUGCACGAGGUCGCGAGGGUGCUGCUCUCCCUCCUGCCGGCGCCGCUCGCCGCGAAGCCUCCCGCGACGAAGGCGGCGGCCGGCGACUACACGCGCUUCCUCGCGACGGCAGCCGACAUGAACCAUGGUGUGUCUGACGACAUCGGCGAUAACAGCUCCUCCGACGAGCAGUGGUUCGUGCGGUUCGGCGAGGUCAUAUCCAAGCACACACUGUCAUGA